AUUUGUUUCAUUUGUUUUUGUUUUUUUUUUAGUUUGAAUUUAGCUUUUGGUGGGAGAGUGUAUACGAAUUUCUUGUCGCGGUAACUUUUACGAAGUAAUCUACGUAAAUAUAUAUUAAAAAGAGUUAUUUGCUUGUUCAACUUGUUCAAUACUCUUGAUUUCAGAAAGUGUAAAAGUGUUUUGAAACGGACAUUAAACGACUUAACGGUACAUUGCAAUUUAAUCUUUUCACAUCAUCAAACGGAACCGGAACAUUAUAAUUGCAUUUAAAAGUAUUGCAUGCAAGUAAGCAUUGCAUUGAAAAAAUUUCAAACAAGAAAUAAAAAAAAAAAGGAAAAUUCUAAUCAAAAAUAAUAUUGAAAAGUAAACGCAAGCAUACAUUGUAUUGAUUCAAAAAAUCAUUGAAAAAUCAUCAAAAGUGCAUUUAUUAAAUAUAUUAACAUCGUUUGUGGCAUUGGAUCAAAGAUCUCCUUUGGCAGUGGAGCCCUCUUGUCCAAAGCGAAAAAAAUGCGACAUGGAUCGAGAAAGAGAAAGAGAAAACAAAUCUUUGGAACCUAGAGAUCUUUCAUCGACGGGCAGAAUUUAUGCUAGAAACGAUAUAAAAAUUAGUGCAUCACCUACCGUAUCACCAACGAUCUCCAACUCUAGUUCACCCACGCCUACACCACCGGCUAGCUCUUCUAUAACGCCAUUAGGUUUACCCUCGGGGACUGUAGGUUCAGGAAUUGCAAGUGGCUCGGUCAACACAACUGCCCCCACCGGCAAUUCAUCGUCCUAUAUACAUGCAAAUCAUAAGCCUAUAACAGGUAUCCCUUGCGUCGCAGCUGCAUCUCGUUAUACAGCCCCUGUGCAUAUUGAUGUAGGCGGCACUAUUUAUACAAGUUCAUUGGAAACUCUCACCAAAUAUCCUGAUUCUAAAUUGGCCAAACUCUUUAAUGGCUCGAUACCGAUUGUGCUGGACUCUUUAAAACAGCAUUACUUUAUAGAUCGUGACGGUGGCAUGUUCCGGCAUAUAUUAAAUUUUAUGAGAAAUUCUAGACUUUUGAUAUCGGAAGAUUUCCCCGACUUGGAACUAUUGCUAGAGGAAGCUCGUUACUUUGAAAUUGAGCCUAUGGUAAAGCAACUUGAAAACAUGCGUAAAGAUCGUGUACGCAAUGGGAAUUAUUUGGUGGCACCGCCUACACCUCCCGUACGCAUUAAAACUAGUCCACGAACCGGCGCCAAUAGUGAAUAUAAUUACGAAGUAGUGGCUUUGCAUAUAUCACCCGAUCUUGGUGAGCGUAUUAUGAUCUCAUCCGAGCGUUCACUUUUAGACGAAAUCUUUCCCGAAGCAAAUCAAGCCACUCAAACCAGUCGUAGCGGCGUAUCAUGGAAUCAGGGAGAUUGGCGUCAAAUUAUACGUUUCCCACUAAACGGUUAUUGCAAACUGAAUUCGGUGCAGGUAUUAACUAGAUUACUGAAUGCCGGCUUCACUAUUGAAGCGAGCACCGGAGGCGGCGUAGAAGGUCAACAAUUCUCAGAAUAUUUACUAAUAAGACAUAUACCAAUGUGAUAAGCUGAGGCAGGGAUACGAUUUUGCUGUUAACAUGCUCUAGUAAUAAUCCCCCAAGAAACGGUUUCUCCGGAAACCAUUAAUUAAGCUCAAUUCUAUGUUAGUAUAGUUAUUUAUGCCCGCCAGAGGAAUAUCACUUAAUUAGUUAAUUAAUUAAUUAAUUAAGGUUGCUAUAGACAGCCUAUGUAAAUUAAAGGUAGACACAAUUAAUUGUGGUCUUCAUGAGGCCUAAAAUUCCGAAUCGUAUAAACUCUGUUUAUUAGGAAUAUUUUCCAUAUUAAACUAUAUCAGGAUUUCUCUGACACGGCUUGCUUCACAAAUGAUCUUAACUCGACGCUAAUUUAUCGUGUAGUGUACAUUUCAAGUUUCUCUCUAUCCCCAAGAUUGGGAGACGGAGUAAAUUACACCACGGGUUAGAGUCAUCGAAUUUCUCGAAACAUAACCGUGAAGGCGGUGGGUAUCAAAAAGUUCGGCAAAUGCCGAUUACAAAAAAUCUCUCUGUCUCUUUUUCUGUUCCUUUCUAGCUUCAUCUCUGUCGCUGUAUAUUUUUACCUUCGUCUCUAUCUGUCUGCCAAACUCCUUCGGUCCAAACUCCUGUUGUUUUCGUUUCGUCAAUAUCACUUUCUCUCCUCCUCUCCUCACGUACUCUCGUCGUUCAUC